AUGUUAGACUCUGCACUGCUUGGUGACCUACACUGCAAUCUGUAUCGUUUUGACCGGUCCAUAAAAAGAGGAGGUGGAGUUUGUGUUCAUGCUAAGGCCUUUAUUUGUGCCCAGAUCGUUACUUUUAUCUAUGAUCUGAAGGCUGACUCAUUCUCCGCUGAGAUUUUCUGCCGUGAUAAUGUAUCGCUGCUUCCUUUCAUACUUGUAUACCGUUCACAAAAUAACUUUGCUGCUGAUGAUAUAAAACUUGUAGACAUACUAAGCGAUAUGGGAAUUGCAAAUCAUCAUACAAUCAUUCUUGGCGACUAUAAUCUGCAAGUUAAUUGGGUCAACACAAAAACAUUGAACUCAUCUUCAACGCUCUUCUUAGAUUUCUUCCUCGAUGCUGGGUUAGUACAAAAUGUGAAUCUUCCUAUCCACUCCUAUAGAAUUCUUGACAUUAUCCUUCUACCUAACAUCUGUACUCUUGACGUCAAACUUCUUCCACCGCUAGCCUCAUCUGACCACACUGUUAUCCAAUUUCGACCACCUGUAACUAUGUCAACACUAGGAAUUCUUAUGUCCAACUUUUUUGAAGCUGAAUACUCUUCGUUGAACUAUUAUUUUUGCGGCGUUGAUUGGGCACAAAAUGAAGAUGAAUGGAAGGAUUCCUUCCGAGUAUCGUGGAUCAGACAGGAGCUACUUAUGGUACAGAUGGAGAUAAAGCUCAAGCUCUAG